GUCCUAGUGAUCAUGCUGAAAACCGCAACCGAAGGAUCCAAAACGGCUGCAGCAACAACCCCGACAAGACUGCGCCAAAUUGCGCUCGUGACGGAUGAUCUAGAAAAAGCACGGAGACAGCUCACAUAUGUUAUUGGCACAGAAAUCAUAUACGAAGACCCUGAAGUGGCGCAAUGGGGACUCAAGAACAUUCUAGUUCCGUUAGGUGGCGACAUCAUCGAAGUUGUCUCCCCAUUCAAGUCCGACACAACUGCAGGGCGCCUACUCCAAAAACGCGGCGAAGGUGGGUAUAUGAUAAUCAUGCAAACAUACGACGCCGCACACCGCCGCGACAUGAUUCGAUCUAGAAACCUCGCGAAGGUGAUAUGGGAGUACAAUCACGGUGACGGGCUGGCUGUUCAGUAUCAUCCAAAAGCGGCGAAAGGCGGUACGAUGGUCGAGAUCGAUUCACACAGCGUUACAGCACAGAAUCCGACGCCGUUGCAGACUCGAUUUUCGCCGUGGCAUGCAUGUGGGACGGACUAUAAGCGUUACUCAAGCUUUAUGAAGCGAUAUUCGCAUCUCAGUCUUCAGGGUUGUGUGCUACGGGUCUCGCCAGGUGAUCUGGCACAGGAAGACGCUUUACGACAAUGGGGAGAGGUUUUUGGAGUCGCGAGAAGUGGAGACGCGCUCGCUUUUACAAAUGCAAGGCUGCGGUUUAUCGCUGGGGAAGAAGGAGAGAAUGAAGGUCUGGUUUCUGUCACCGUGGGCGUGCGAGACAAAGGAAAACUUCGGGAUAUUCUGGAUCGCGCUCGAGAGGAAGGAGUGUGUCGUGACGGCGUUGUGAAUAUAUGCGGAGUAAAGUGGCUUUUCGUACUUACUGAUCCUGAAGAGGAAACAUCAAGGCUUUAG